UCCCUGACAGAGCUAGCUGUUGCAGAAGAUAGUUUCUGUAUUAUUGUCCUUAGCUUCACUUUGUGGUCUCCCUUAACUAUCUCACUUCCCCAGCUGCUUAGCCACUAGCCAUGGCGAUAAUGCUUAGAUCUCUGCUCAAUCUCUUGCUCUCCACUCUCAUUUUCUCCCACAUCACAGGCGAGGUCUCAGCAGCAACUAUAACACUUUACAACAAGUGCAGCCACCCAGUGUGGCCAGGCAUUCAACCAAGCGCAGGGCAGAAACUUCUAGCUCGCGGCGGCUUCAAGCUCCCACCCAACAAGGCUUACUCUCUAAACCUCCCACCACUCUGGUCCGGCCGCUUCUGGGGUCGCCAUGGCUGCAUAUUUGACGCAUCUGGCCGUGGACACUGCGCUACAGGAGACUGUGGUGGUGCUCUUUACUGCAAUGGACUAGGAGGUGCUCCUCCAGCCACCUUAGCUGAAAUCACCCUGGGAAACGACCAAGAUUUCUACGACGUCAGCCUCGUCGACGGCUACAAUAUUGCAAUGUCGAUAACCCCAUUUAAAGGAUCAGGCAAAUGUAGCUAUGCAGGGUGCGUCAGCGACCUGAAUCUGAUGUGUCCGGCUGGGCUGCAGGUGAGGUCCAAGGAUAAUAGAAGAGUUGUAGCUUGCAAGAGUGCUUGUUUUGCUUUCAAUUCUCCGAGAUAUUGCUGCACAGGAAGCUUUGGAAACCCUCAGUCUUGCAAGCCAACUGCUUAUUCGAGGAUUUUUAAGGCUGCUUGUCCUAAAGCUUACUCUUAUGCUUAUGAUGAUCCCACAAGCAUUGCGACUUGUACUCGUGGGAGCUAUUUGGUCACUUUCUGCCCUCAUCAUCGCUGAUUAAUUGUCAUUAGUGGUUAAUUGAAUUUGGAAUUUAGACUUGUUUGAUUUGCUA